AUGGACCUAGAGAAAGUACAUGUGAUUGCUCAAUGGCCUACGCCCCGUUCAAUAACUGAAGUUCCGAGCUUUAUAGCACCCUUACAUUCUCUAACAAAUGCCAAUCAAAAGUUUGAAUGGUCGAGAAACCAUGAGGAAUCUUUCCGGUUGUUGAAACUAAAGAUUACAGAGGCCUCAAUAUUAGCAUUAUCGAAUUUGCAGAGACCAUUUGAAGUGGAAGCAGAUGCAUCGAACUAUGCUAUGGGAGCCGUAUUAUUUCAAGAUGGAAAACCAGUUGCAUACCAUUCUGAGAUGUUUAGUGGACCGAUAUUGAAUUAUCCGACUUAUGACAAGGAGUUGUAUGCAAUGCAUCAAGCAGUGAAGCAUUGGAGAGCUUACACAGUCUAA